AUGAAUACUACCGUACCCCAUCACUCUCCGCCCCUCCCAUGCAGCAACAACGAGUGCCCCUCGUGCCGAGCCCACUGCGCCAGCAGGCGGUCCCUCAGGGCCGACCCACGCUUUGACGCGCUGGUGGCUGCUGUGUUCCCCAACAGAGACAGGAUUGAGAAGGAGGAAGCAGACGGGCUCUGUGAGGGGGUAGCUGAGGGGUCUCAGCGGGCUGAGCUGAGGCGCGCUUUGACACACUUGUGGCUGCUGUGCUGUGUUCCCCAACCGGGACAGGAUCGAGAAGGAGGUGAGGUGGAAAGGGGAGAGAAGUGGGGAAGGGGGGUUAAGGGAGGAGACUGCUUGCGGGCUGACCCGCGCUUUGACACACUCGUGGCUGCUGUGUUGUGUUUCCCAACCGGGAGGAUGGUGGUUUUCCAACCAGCAGCGGACAGGAUCGAGAAGGAGGUGAGUGAAGGGGGAGCGAUAGAGAGUAGGAUGGUGGGGUUGUGUUGUGUUGAGCAAGGUGAAUGCAGUUUUGCGGGCUGA